CCACCUUCUAUUAUGAGAACUGUUGAGGGCUGGGCACCUGUUUGCCAUGGCAUGUGGGUCAGGAGAUCUUCAGGGCCCUCCAUUUGCUUCUGCCAGGCUUACAGAUGUUUUCUAUGUUGAUGAGACCUGGUUCAGGGGCUGCGGUCAGACCAACCUGGCCUGCAAGAUGGUUAAGGGGAAGCUGGAGGAGGUAGGCAAGUGGCCAUGGCAGGUGAGCAUCCUAUUCAUGGGCGCGUACAUUUGCAGCGGCACCCUCAUCCACCUGCAGUGGGUCCUCACGGCUGCACACUGCUUACAGAGAUCCAAGGACCCCCGAAUGUAUUCUGUAAAUGCGGGGAUCGAAAACCUCUCAGAAAAUGUCACUCAGCUCCAGCUUAGUCGCAUCGUGAUUCAUGAGGACUUCAGCAACCUCAUAUCCCAGGACAUCGCCCUCUUGAAGCUCAAAGACGACAUCUCCUGGUCCCCUCUUAUCCAGCCUGUCUGCCUACCCAACCAGAAACUCAAGCCAUCUAUUGGAACCAUGUGCUGGGUAAUUGGGUGGGGACAUGUAAAUACUAGAGACACCACAAAGGCCCCCCAAAGCCUUCAGGAGAUGGCUGUCAAGAUUGUAAACAAUGAAGUCUGCAAUAAAAAGUACCAGUUCCUCUUCUUAAAGGACCAAAAGAAGUUCAUCGGGCAGGACGUACUGUGCGCCACUGCUUACUGGGGCCUGGAUUCAUGUCAGGAUAACUCUGGCAGCCCUCUUGUCUGCCAAAUGAACAAGACCUGGAUUCAGAUGGGGGUGGUGAGCUGGAGCUUUGGCUGCACCAAAAGCCGCUUCCUAGGCAUCUACACCAGCACCUCCUACUUCACCCCGUGGAUCAAGAGGCAGGUCAAGGAAAUGAAGUUCACCAGUAGGGCCACCUCUGCCUUCCUGAGCCCAGUCUUCCUCACUGGCUACAUUCUGCUGGUCUCCUUGGGCUCCCUGUGGCUUUUGUGAGCAGUGUUUCCAGUGUGGUCGGUCUCUGCUGUCUGCCCUCAGGAGAAGACUGGGAGGAGGAGCACAGGCCAGCAGGGCACAUUGAUCUUGGGGGAGGGUCCCAGAGCCACUGCUUUCUCAGUUCAAUGAAGAUGCCUUUGAACGCUGCAUCACUGAAGUCAUCAUCUUUCUUCUUGACUUCGGCCAGAGCCUUUUGGAACCUCCCCCAGACCAAGAGGCCUUCCUAACCAUCCCACUUGUGCUCCCCCUCUCGCUCCACUGUCCUCUUCUGCUGGUUAUGGGGUUGGACUCUGCCCCAGUCUCCGCUUAGUCUGGCAGCACUCCAGCAAGGCCAGGUCCUGUGCCCUACCCUGGGUCUUGACAACAGUUUCCUUCAACAGUUUCUGUGAGAGCUGGCCUCUUCCUAGGAAACUCAGUGGCCACAAGUGCACUUGUGGGCCUUGUUCCAGAACGCGUGGGGCUCUCCCAAUCUCCCUAAGGUUCUACAAAACCCAUGGAUCUUCCUCCCUACCAGGAGGAUUAUUGUAGGGCAGAGUGACCUCGAGUGCCUCAGAGACCUCAAGGACAGGCUGAGUAAACUAGUCAGAGGGCAGAGCCCUAACCCCUCUACCAUGUGCACCUCAGGUGCAAAGCAGCUAGCCACCCUUGCACUUUGGGCCUCUGAAGGGUACAGUGUGAUUUACUAUCUCUUCAGAGGUUGGCACCCCAAAUGGCCAGCCUGAGUGUCUCUCCCAAGGCCCUGUCAAAGGUUAGAAUGUUCUAGCUUGAUUUAACUUCAACUAUCUCUUUCAUUAGGUUAGACUUUUCCAAGAACCAAAGUUUCUCAUAGGCUCUUUCCCCUGCCCCCCGCCCCCCAGUUAUUAACUGUCACUGAACAGUCAGAUGCAACAUACAAACAUACAAACUGGCCUUGGCUCCCUUCAGAGGGCCUGGUGGUCGCCAUCACUCUUUCUCUGUGAAUGGAAACCUCACCUGUGCCAUCUUUCCUAAGCAAAUGAAUCUGUAAAGGAAGAUUUGUUAAAUGGAAGAAGUGGUGGUGGUGGUGGUCUGGGGAAGUUGCUUACAAUUAAGUCAUCUUUAAAAACGAUCAUUGCAAACAUGUCAAUUUGCUUAAUUUCAGUGCUCUGGUGUGAACCCCCACUGCAGUUACCAGACUGCAGGGAAGGGAGGGGGCGCUUGAAAAUCCUGGAUGCCUGCCCCAGAAAUUGGGCCUUCCUCUCACCAGGGGAGGGAUGGAAGCAUGAACCAUCAGGGGCUGUGGGCUGCAGAAGUGAGGAGGUACAGGAACU